AUGAUUCCUAAGCUGGGUAUUACCCGUCUUAAGGAUUUGAUCAAGAGCAUCAGAGCCUGUAAAACUGCUGCAGAAGAGAGGGCUGUCAUUGCCAAGGAAAGUGCCAACAUCCGCACGGCGUUCAAGGAAGAGAACAACGAAACUCGCUAUAUCAAUGUUGGCAAACUACUAUACAUUCAUAUGCUAGGGUAUCCUGCCCACUUUGGUCAGAUUGAGUGUCUGAAGUUGGUGGCUUCUCCCCGGUUUUCCGAUAAACGUCUGGCAUAUUUGGGUAUUAUGCUACUGCUUGAUGAAAACCAAGAGACGCUGACUUUGGUUACCAACUGCCUUAAAAACGACAUGAACAAUCCAAAUAUGUUCAUUGUUGGUCUUGCCUUGUGCACUCUUGGCAAUAUCGCAUCUCAGGAAAUGUCACGGGAUUUGUCCAAUGAAGUUGAACGUCUGCUGGGCAGCACCAACUCUUAUCUACGCAAAAAGGCAGCUCUCUGUGCUCUCCGUAUUAUUCGCAAAGUCCCAGAUCUUAUUGAAAACUUUUUAGAACGAACGCAAGCUCUUUUGAGUGAGCGGAGUCAUGGUGUACUUCUUACUGGCGUCACUCUUUUGACUGAAAUGUGCGUUCUUGCUCCAAGUAUUACUCCAGUUGUUCGCGAGAGUGUUCCCGUUUUAGUGCGACACAUGAAGUCGCUGGUGAUGACUGGUUCAAGUCCUGAGCAUGACGUGGGUGGAAUUUCUGAUCCCUUCCUUCAGGUCAAGAUUCUUCGUCUUAUGCGGGUUCUAGGUGCUGGCAAUGCUUCUGCCAGUGAGACAAUGAAUGAUGUUCUUGCUCAAGUCGCCACGACUACAGAAGCGUCCAAGAAUGUCGGGAAUUCUAUUUUGUAUGAAACUGUGCUGACGAUUAUGAAUAUUGAAAGUGACAACUCGUUGCGUGUUUUAGCAAUCAAUAUUCUGGGUCGUUUUCUUUCAAAUCGCGAUAACAAUAUCAAAUAUGUUGCGCUAACCACUCUGACCAAGACAUCUCAGUCUUCUGGAUCAACAGACUCCUCUGCAUUACAACGUCACCGAUCUACUGUUCUCGAGUGUCUUCGCGAUGGCGAUAUUUCAAUUCGUCGUCGUGCUCUCGAUCUAUCAUUUUUUCUCAUUAAUCCUACCAACAUUCGAAUUCUCAUGCGCGAGCUACUGUCGUUUCUUGAAGUUACUGAAAAUGACAUCAAAUCGUCUGUUGCCUCGCGCAUUUGUGACUAUGCAGGCCGUCAUCGCCCCAACAAGCGAUGGGAGAUUGACACCGUCACUCGAGUGCUUCGUGUUGUAGGAGCCUUUGUAGAUCAAAAUGUCGUGAAUCACUUUGUCAAACUUGUAUCUACUGGCGAUACAGCCGUUCAUCAGUAUGCUGUUCGUAAACUAUACAAUAUCAUCAAGAACGAGGGAGAGGGGGCAUAUAUUCAAGAAGGUCUUCUCCAGGCCGCUUUUUGGUCUAUUGGUGAGUAUGGAGAUGUCUUGGUAAGCUCCUCUAUUAGUGCUCUUGGCUUUGGUGUUGAAGAAGAUGCAGAAAGUUUGGGUGAUUCGAAAAAACAAGAGUCUCUUGCUACACCCUCUGAAGGGGAAGUUGUUGAGCUGAUUGCAUUUAUUCUUCGUGGGCCUUAUGCUACCGGGUUUGUCAAGGAGUAUGCUAUUACAUGUCUUGUAAAGCUGUGUGUGCGUUUUAAUGAUCAAGCGGUUGUCGAGAACAUCAAAAAUUUGAUUGACAAGUACAGGACUAAUAUUGAUGUUGAGAUUCAACAGCGAUCAGUCGAAUACAGUCAGAUUCUGGCACUUGACAAAGAUACACGACUUGCUCUGUUGGAGCAUAUGCCUGUUUUAGAAAGUGCCGUUGCUGAAGAAGCACUCAAAGGCACUGGCACUGCUCCUGGUGUAUCUACACCUACAACUCCAUCUUCCAACACUGCUGAUCUUCUU